AUGUUUAACCUGCUUAUGGGUAAACAGAUGUUUAAAAGAGGAAGAGGGUCGACUCACGAGUUUCACUGGGAGAAUAACAAUAUCCCAUUACCUUUACCGUCAAGCAGAAAAGAAGGGUACUUUUACCAAAGUGGAUUAAUCCGGGCAUACUUAAUAGCCUUCCUUAGAAUUGCUUUCAGUAAAAGAAACAACGUCAAAUCACUUGUUGACAGCAACGUACUUAAGGUUAUACCGGUGUCCUUGGCUAAGGAUGGUUUCACCCUAAAAUCGAGCUUCGAAGUGGAUCAACACGCUAAUAAGAAAUUUGUAACCGAGGUUGAAAUAAUGAGCAUCACAACUCUCGAUAACAAAACAUCAUUAAUUGUUGGAAACGAUUUUGUUGGGUCAGAAGGGGAUAGACGUUCAACUCUGCAGUGCCAUGUGAAAAGGCUGAGAGAAUUGCAGCAAUGUUUGAAUUGCCUACAGGGAAGUGAAGGUUUAACGGUCAAAGAAGUGUGCCACACAACCGAAUGUGGCAAAUGUCUUUCCAGUAAAGCGGUCUGUGAAGCCUGUAAAAGUGACGGUUUCAUGCACUGGUGCCCAGCCUUGAGUUUAGAAAAGGAACUCCCAUGCCAAAGAGCUGUUUGCUUUAACAUCACCACUGACUGGCAAUCUAAAUUGAAAACUGCUCUAGAGCCUCUGCAGACAGAUCAAAGAGAAGGGCUUUGCGAUUCCUACAGCACAUUGACCGCUCCAAAUCCGGACAUUGUACAUGCAGGAAAAAUGUACAUAGGUCACACAGCAACUGGUUUCUAUUUAUUGACAAUACCCACUUUUCUCUUGUGA